GAGUCCACAGCCAGACCGAGCUCUCCCUCCGUUGGGCGGGGCCAACCCCGCGCUUGUGAUUGGCCGGCGGCCGGAGGCGGGGCUGGGAUCUGGCCUGUGAUUGGCUGCUGGUCGGAGGCGGGGCCGAGCUCGAGCUUGUGAUUGGCCAGCGGGCGGCGGCGGGGACGGGGGCGGCGUCGUGAUGGAGGCGGCAGGGCCCGAGCCCCCGGCGGCGGCGCGGCUGAAGGCGCCCCCGACCCCGGAGGAGGAGCGGGAGCGGCGGCGGGCGCGGCGGCGGCCACGGAGGAGAAUUGAGGAGGAGCAAGAAGAAGCAGUGUUUCAUGAUGUGGUCAGUUUUACCCCGGAUCCUCUGCCAGGUAGAUAUUAUGACAAGGACACCACCAAACCCGUCAGCUUUUACUUCUCUUCGCUGGAGGAACUCUUGGCGUGGACGCCCGGCGUGGAGGACAGCUUCAACGUGGCCCUGGAGCCCUCCGAGUGUCGGCAGCCACCUCUGAGCAGCGAGAGGCCCCGGACCUUGCUGUGCCAUGACAUGAUGGGCGGGUACCUGGAUGACAAGUUUAUUCAGGGUGCAGCGGCGCACAACCCCUACUGCUUCUACCACUGGCAGUCUAUUGACAUCUUUGUGUACUUCAGCCACCACACGGUGACCAUCCCCCCCGUGGGCUGGACCAAUGCUGCCCACAGGCAUGGGGUCUGCGUGCUGGGGACCUUCAUCACCGAGUGGAAGGAAGGUGAGCGGCUCUGCGAAGCCUUUCUGGCCGGGGACGAGCGCUCCUACCAAGCCGUGGCUGAUCAGCUGGUCCUGAUUGCCCAGUUUUUCCGUUUCGAUGGCUGGCUGAUCAACAUCGAGAACUCUCUGAGCCUGGCUGCAGUGGGGAACAUGCCCCAUUUCCUCCGGUACCUGACCGCUCGGCUCCAUGAGCAGGUCCCCAGGGGCUUGGUGCUCUGGUACGACAGUGUGGUGAGCAGUGGGCAGCUCAAGUGGCAGGACGAACUAAACCAGCACAACCGGGUCUUCUUCGACUCCUGCGACGGCUUCUUCACCAACUAUAACUGGCGGGAGGAGCACCUGGAGCGGAUGCUGGGGCAGGCCGGGCAGCGCCGGGCGGACGUGUACGUGGGAGUGGAUGUGUUCGCCCGUGGCAAGGUCGUGGGAGGCCAGUUCGACACGUACAAGUCGCUGGAGCUGAUCCGGAAGCACGGGUUCUCGGCGGCUCUCUUUGCACCUGGCUGGGUGUACGAGUGUUUGGAAAAGAAGGAUUUCUUCCAGAACCAGGACAAGUUCUGGGCUUUGCUGGAACGCUACCUGCCCACACACAGCAUCUGCUCUUUGCCCUUUGUCACUUCUUUCUGCCUGGGCAUGGGCACGCGAAGAGUGCGCUACGGCCAGGAGGAGGCAGAGGGGCCCUGGUACCACCCAAGCGCCCAGGAGAUCCAGCCGCUGUUCGCAGAGCACAGGCUGGAGGGGGCCGGGCGGGGCUGGGUGAAGACGCACUGCUGCCUGGCGGACGCCUGGAACGGGGGCAGCUCCCUGCUCGUCCGCGGGCUGAUUCCACGCGAGCAGGACCACGUGGCUGUGAGGUUAUUCUCUCUGCAGGUCCCCGUGCCUCCCCAGAUUUUCCUGUCCUUGGUGUACAAGCUAGAAGGGGCUUCGAAUGUCGGGGUGGCACUGGAGCUCACCACAGGGGAUGCGGGCAGCUGCCACAUCGGCAGCAUCUCGACGUUGAAUGAGACAAGCUCGAGGCACAGUCCCCGACCCCUCCGGGCGCCCCCCACCAAGCUGGCCCGAUGGGUGCACCGCUGCGGCCAGCAGCUCCGUGGGGGCUGGGUCCAGCGCUGCUACAAGGUGAACCUGCGCGACUGCCUCCUGCGAGACCUCUUCGUUAGCUUCGCCCGGCCUCCGGGCAGCCGGGAGGAGGAGAGCUUCGUCUGCCGCCUCGGCGAGGUCCAGGUGGUGGAUGCCAAGAGCCUACUCGCCCCGCUGCCCCGGGUGCAGGCCGUCACCGUGUCCCACGUGCACUGGCAGCGAGCCACCCCUGAGGAGGAGGGUUCCCCUGCUCGGCUCCGGCUCGGCUGCACCCUGCACUGGUCCUACCUCUUCUCCCCCAUCCGAUGCUUCCGGAUCCACUGCUGCGCGGGGACUGGCGGUGGCGCUCCGGGCGGGGGGCCGUCGGGGCCGGAGCAGCCCGCGCUCCUGGGCCUGGCAUUUGUCAACCAGUAUCGAAUAGUGGACCUGGUGGUGGCGGCCGUGGGGCCCGGCGGGGACGGCCGCGUGGAGUUCCUGGUGGAGCCUGUCCCCAAGGAGGGGUUUCUGGUGCCACGGGCGGAAUGGGGCAGGGCGGCCCUGCUCUACUCCAUGCCCCGCACGGAUGGGGUGUUAUGAGCGGAGCGGGCACGAAACCCAGAGGCUCCUGCCUCAAGGCUCCGGCUACUGCGGCACAGCGCAGGAGGCCCCACGCGCAGGAGGCCGGGAUUGGGGCUUUGUCGUCGUGGACGUUGAUCAUAGGAAAACCAAGAAAGUGUGUUUGCCGGGCUGGAAACUUCCUGAGGUUAAUGAACUCUUCUAAUCCCUGCCUGGAGCUUGGGUUCCAGGUGGGGUGACAGCAUUUGGGGAAGCUAGUUCCCCUCAGGUCCACGAAGGGGGUUUCCUAGUAGGCUGCGACGCGUGGGCUCCACCAGCUUAAAUGGGACCGGAAGCCUCCGAGCGGGCCCGGGAGACAAUUCCCAGGGUGAGGGCUGAGGGCACAGGGUGCCGGGCCUGGUGCCCCGGGGAUUGGCCCGCUUCCCCUGUGGACGCGGGGCCCAGGGCCGGGCUGGUGCCAGCUGGCACCUCCCGCAGGCCAGGUGGUGGCCACAGCCCAGACCCCGUGUGGGGCUGUCUGUCCCAGGUUACUGUCCCCAUGAGCCGGAGCCACUCGUGGAGCCUUCCCAUGGCCCAGUGCCCUCCGGGUCUCUUCCAGGUGGUUGGUGCCCGGCCCGUCCUGGGCCUGGGCCUGGGCCGCGGGAGCCCUGGUGGGGGCCUGCUUGUGGCUCCUCCCAGGGCUGGGGUCCCUGUUUGCGCAGGUGCUUUGACGACCCUCUCCACAGGGCCCCUUCCUCUCUUGCUUCUUGGCCUUCUCGCACCUUCCUCCCCACUGCCUGUGCUGAGGCUGGCGGGAGGCUCUGGGGGGGGGUGGUGAGGGAGCGAGACGGCUCCUCCAGCCGCACAGCCCCCCGUUAACCCCUGGGCCGCCGUGCUGGCCUCCUGGCGGGGGCCGGGGGGGCGCCUCCACUCGCAGCCUGGGGUACCUGCCCAGCUCCUCUCCUGGGCCCAGCCGCAUCCCUCGGGCUAGGGGGGGUCCCUUAUCCCCGGGCCUCACAGGGCCGUCAGUGGGGGAUACUUGCCCAAUGCUCUGCCCUCCACCUGCGCUAUGCGAGGGGGAGCGGUGCUGAGGGCCAGGGCACCCCAGCUGGGGGUCGCACCAGGGCUGGCCUGUCACCCCGGGUCCGCGGGCUUGGUUGUAGGCUGUAGGGAGGGCAGAGGCCACCAGGCGGCAGUGCGGCGACACCGCCUUCGCGGGUCGUCCGGAAUUCGGGAUUCAGGAUUCAGGAUUUGGAGAGGUGUUGGGGUGGCCCGGUGAACGGCAAGGGGAGUGUCAUGCCUGUCACGGUGGGACAGGGCACGUGGCCGAGCCAGCUCCAUCCGGUGGGGAACGGGUUUGGCCAGCAGCAGGGCGGUAGCUCAGGAGGGUGCCUCUGCUGGCCAGCUGGGACAGACGGGCCACCCACACCCAGGCUGGCCCUGAGGACCUGGACAGCUCAGCAGACCUGGGGGGACCUGAGCCGCUGCCACUUGGAGCUGCUCACGUCGUCGUGCUCUGGCUUUGGACCUUAGGUUUCCCCUGAGCCUUUCCUGCUUGGUAGUUCCAGGGGGGUCAGGGUGGGGGUUCCUGGCCCUUCCCCUCGUGUCCCCAGAGGUGGGGGCCAGCGGGGCCGGGGCCCGGAAGCCAGUGGCUGCUCUUCAUUCGUGAAGCCUGUUUGCUUUUUAAAGUGCAGGUUCCCACAAAUACCUUAUGCAGAGGAGGAGGGAACAUUCGUAGGGCAAUUAUUUUCUUACAGUCUGGCGGGCGGCGGGGAGCAGAGCGCGGUGCGGGGGGGCCACCCAGCCCCACGGAGAGCAGAGGCUCGUGGGCAGCAAAAUCCGUGUUGGCGCUUAAGCCCGCGUCCCUGGGGGGGGGUCCUCACUGAAAUAAACCACCCGAUGUGACACCUGA